AUGUCUAUCCUCCGUAACGUCAAGACCCUUGUCCCUCUCUUCGACCGUGUCCUGGUCCAGCGCGUCAAGCCCGAGACCAAGACCGCCUCGGGUAUCUUCCUCCCCGAGAGCAGCGUCAAGGAGCAGAACGUUGCCAAGGUCCUUGCUGUUGGCCCCGGUGCCCUUGACAUCAACGGCAAGAAGAUUCCCGUCAGCGUUGCUCCUGGUGACCACGUCUUGACUCCUCAGUUCGGUGGUAGCCCCCUCAAGGUUGGCGAUGAGGACUACACCCUCUACCGGGACUCUGAGAUCCUUGCCAAGAUCAACGGCGAGUAA